AUGUUCUUUCUUUUUUUCGUUGUCAUACUUGCCAUUCUUAUUAGAAUUGCAGCACAUCUUUUCACAAGAAGAAGCACAAAGGCCAUAAAGUUUGUUGGCCCCCGUGGAACAGGAAAAACAAGAACACUCAAUGCAUUGAUGGGGAUCAAUGGAAAGACUGUUCCGACCCUUGAGACCUACAAAGUUACAUACAAGAAUAUGGUUGUAUAUGAUGUAGUUCAGAGAGAUGGCGAUUUCUUUGAAAGAUAUGGCAUUGACGAUCCAUUGGUGACCUAUUUCUUCUUCUUAGGGAGCGUGGACGACCUGGCUGAGCUUCCAGAGACAAAAGGGUUUGAUAUAAGAUUUGUCUGUUGUAAACAAGAUGAUUGUAAAAAGGCACUAGGGAAAAAUAUUAUUGUCCUAGAUAAGGAUCCGACUCAAAUAGAAAAGUACUUCCUUUAG